AUGAAGACUCGCCUGACGUACAUCCACGAAGGCGACAGCGACUUCGACCCCAGCCAGACCACCGUGAACCAGACGGCGCUCUCCAUCCGGGCCUUGAAAGCAGCUAAGCAGGAGAGGAUCUUGUUCGACUACACCGAGCUCCCUCAUGAGCAGCAGGGUCUCUCCAGGACUGCAUGUCGUCUUUACGCCCGCCAGCAGCGGUUCAUCUGGACAUGGACUGCUGCUUACAUCAAUCUUUUUGUUUAUAGUGAAUCUCUAUGCCGUCUGCUACAGAAAAGCUUCAGCAGUCAGAUUGAUUGUACCAUUUCACCGUUAUCAUCUUCCCCGUCCUCAUUCAUACCAACCACCGAUCCCUACGCACGGCUAAAACUCCAAACACUGCUUCCAUCCUUACACCAACUUAUUACCUACCUCGAUCGAUACAUUUGCCAGGAAAAUGCCGAAUGCCACAACCGCAUUGCUUCGAUCUCCUCGGCUUCUUCACUGGAUAUAGACUACAAUGACUCCACGGCUCAUCUUAUGGUGGCUGCAUACUGGCCAGACGCUCCCGAAAAGACUGGCUGGUCAGAAGUAAUCAAUGAGCCUAAAUACGACGGAGACCGAGUUGAAAUUGGAAUCUUAGCGGAGCAGACUCCCCUGAAACCAGAGGAAGUGAGAGUGGGUGGGAUGUUGGCCGAUAUAGGCCGAAAAGCAGAGCUAACUCCCACUCUAUUCAGCUUCGGUUCGCGACACCAUCCUAUCCAAACUACAUACCGCACCCAAUUCACAUCUCCAACCGGUCUCCACCCUACUCUCCAGCUCUCCCUAAAGAAAUCCUCCCUGUACCCGCCUACAAAACUACCGCCCGACACAACCUGCUCUUUAUACACAUACCUCACCCUCCCAUCGACAAUAUUCGCCGAUAAAUACCAACUCUCCACCCAAGACCCCCUCUUCCUCCAAUCCCACAACCUUGUUUCCCUACACAGCAUCCAAGGCGAAACCGACCUCGAAGCACCAAACUGGAUAACGCAACAAUGGGGAUCCAACCUGCUCCUAGAACUAGCCACGCCUUCACUGGAAGCUGCAUCAGAAUACCCUCUGACGAAUGAUGAAUGGAAUAUAACCGUCCCUCUGCACCUGCGGUACCUACACCCUUCCCCGUCAGGGUACCGCGACAUAUCCGUCCCCUGGCCCGUGGUUUUCUGGGCCUGUGCCAACGACGACGGAAACGCAGACGAUAAGCAGAAAAUUAACCCGUUUGAUCGUGUGAGUUUGGGAUGGGAGUCGAGUUUCCCUGCUCGGACGACAUAUUAUCAUCUCCAGCCUGAGCCGGAGCCAGCGUCAAACCUGCUCGUUGAGACGAUUAGCGUUCCAGUAUUGAAUAUGAGCCGUGAUACGCAACGGAUGGAAAUACAGGUUGGAACUGCUAUGAUUAUCAUCGGCGGUUUCAUGUGGAUAUUGUGGAAACUGGGACUAAUAACGAACUCACCGGCUCCCGUACAAGCAACGGAUGAGCCAGAGGAGAGUAGGAAGGAUCAAUGA